CUGUGUCACUGUCGACUGAUGCAAGGCCUAGCAGACCGAUUCUGUACCUGUUCCACUGCUUCAAGGCUGGCCGUCUCACCCUCCUUACGGUUCCCGGGACUGUGGUGGGAUAGCGUAGUUGGGUAGUAGGUAGAAGCUAGGCUUCUGAUCAGUAGCAGAGAUGAUCGGUAACACUGUUAAUAACGGACCAAGAGGGAUGGAGAGAGGGAGGAUGGUUGUGUGAGGGAGCGAGAGAAGAGGAGGGGGAGCCGACCGAGCCUGUUGGAGGAGAGACACGUGGGAACACACAUCCACAGACAAGCGCUGGUUUGUAAUCGGGAACUGUGUUAAUGUAGCCUUCCAUCACUCAGGGCCGGACAAGACUGGACAAACAUUCCUGGGAGGGCUGAGAGGAUACUGCGGUCAGCUUGGUCCUGUCUCGGCCAGUGGUCAGCCGAAUCUCUUCGGACCAAGGGCGCUGGUUACUUCGUGUUCCUUUAGACAGGAACUGUAUCGCGCAGGUUGUUUGUUCGGAGUUCGAUCUUCUCUAAGCCGACGGUUGAGUGUGUCAAUGUUUGAGGUAAGGCAGGUUGUUGUCUUGGCGCGGCUGUUCAGUGUUCUCGUCCGGUGUUUGUUCAAACGAAGACAAUGACGAUCUCGCGUGGAAGCAGCUUUUACUCCCGCCACAGAACCACGACCCAUGUGUGACCUAAUCCACAAAAUGGAUGAUAUAUCAGCCCCGGACUGGCGUUGUGCGAUGUUGUGACGACGACAUCUAUUGAUACGAUGCACGACAUCAUGCCACAGCGAUACGCACCGUCUCGAUCUGCAGAGUAGCGAAAAGGCUAGUCACGUGACUGUCAACACUCCGGAGAGUUACAUUUAUCCACCACGGCUCAUUAGUCGACGGACCAGGUAGGAGUAACCGUAUCGCAUUCCACAUGGUCGUGCAUAGGCUUGGCAGAGUGGGUGAGGUCGCACGGUCACUGUACGAUGGGGCAGGCGUUGGCCAAGAGGGAGAUGGACAAGGGAAUGAAACAAUACCACGAGCAGCGCUUUGCGGAGGCUGUGGACGAGUGGUCAAGCGCUCUUAAGAAGAUGACCAAGGCACGGAAUAAGUUCGAAGCGUUGGGAAACAUCUGCCUGGCGUUGUGUGAUCUGGGGAAAUAUAGGGAUGCGCUGACCCAUUCGGGGCUUCAGAUUGAAGUGGCCAACGAUACUGACGACCCUGUACUCAAGUCCGAGGCGUUUCUCAUGUAUGCAAUAUGUAACGAGAAGCUCAGUGAGUUCACGAAGGCGAUAUCGUACUGCCGGUACUGUCUGCAGACGGAGAAGGUCGCGGAUCGAACCCAAAGCUACGCCCAUCUAUGUCUGGGCAAUGCAUACGUGGGGCUAAGCGAGUUUCCCAAAGCGUGGGGUAGUUACACCAAGGCGUUGGCGCUAGCCAGGACUAAAAAUGACAAGUUUCUAGAGUUGAUGACCAGUGCAAGGGUGGGACACAUGUUUUCAUUGCUGACCGAUUACGACACUGGACUUGCGUAUUGUUGUAAGGCAUGGGACGUGGUCAGUGGGUUGCCGGAGGGGGACCCCCAUGUCCGGUACAGGCGCCUGCUGGCGGUUUACAUCGCCACGCCGUAUAGGAGGACCGGGCGUUAUAACGAGGCUAUGGAUUACUGUGAGGACGCUAUGAAGCUGGCCAUGUUGUAUGGGGACCGCCCCGUCCAGGCUAGGUGCCUACUGACCUUCGCAGACAUCCACAGGAAGCGGAACGACCUGGAGCGAGCCAGCCCUCGCUAUGAGUCGGCGUACAGCAUCAUGUCUGAGACAGGAGACCGUCUGGGUCAGGUAGAAGCCCUCAGUGGGAUGGCCAAGACAGCCACGAGUCAGCGGGACCUUGCCAAGGCAACAGAGUUGAAUGUGAAAGCACUAGAUAUUGCCCAGAAGAUUGGGAAUAAGUUGGAGAUGUUACGGUGCCACGCCAGACUGAGGACGUUGUACGCUGCCACUGGAGAUGAAACCCUGGCCCAUCGUCAUUUCUCUGUUCUCCGGCAGUUGUUGGACGAGAUGGAGCUCCUGUGUGGCGUCUGUGAUGAAGUUGUCGGAGAGCGCCCAGAGAAGUUAGACGCCCUUCGCUGUGGGCACUUCAUACACGGCCGAUGCUCUGAUUAUCUCGCCCGGUCAACUCUCGGAAGGGCCGGAAAAACCCGACCAUGCCCGGCAUGUCGUCGGAAAUCUUCGGAGAACCCCGCUUUGUACACGUGACAGGCAUGUGUUGCCUAUGAACUGCUGAAAAUGACGUCAGGAAAACAUGGCGUCCAGAGACAGGUCCUGACUGGAAGAAAUAAACUCGACUGAAAAUGCCUUAGAAAAAGUGAACAUGCUUGCUUCUGGUAUGUCUUAGUGCAGCUUCUCGCGAGAUCCGUGCAAGACGUGACGUCAUCUCGCGUGACCUGUGACGUAAUGUCUGACUGCAAGUGUAAAGGACAUAUAUUGACGUGCGUACGGUGUUGUAUGACAAAGUAUGUCAUAUGACUGAAAUCAGACGUCAAAUGAGACGUUUCCCGGAGACGAAAAGGCCAAAUAACGGCGCCAUGAGGGAAAUUCGACCAAGUGUAAAAUAAAAAUAUAAAACAAGUUACCCUGGAGUAGAGGAAUCGGACCAGUUAUCACCAGAAGUAUUACAGAUGGCAACAGAUUAAUCUGUUAUAACGGUAUACAGUUAAGACGUUAUAGCAAAGACCCCGCUAACCCGGAAACCUCGUUUUACGGACGAUUAUUGUCAGAUUCGUCUACCCGUAUACACAUGACAUAACUCCUUAGUCCGGACAAUUGUUAAUCUUUACGCUUACAUGCGGAAUGCUAUAGUCCGGAUUGACGGGGUUUCAUUGUGUAGGGAGCUAUAAAAAGCCACAGUAUGUGCGAUAUCCUUGAAGUACUUUGAACAGUUGUCGGGUCAGGAGACUAAGUACUAUGCUAAACGAAAUGUUACCUCGCGGGACAACGAAAAGGGACAAUGGUUAUAUUAUGAGUCUCCGAACAUGGACACCUGAAAGAUUAUGGGUCUCCGACCAUGGACACUUGAGAAUUCUAUUGGUCUCCGAACAUAACACUUGAGAAUAUUAUGGGUCUCCGAACAUAACACUUGAGAAUAUUAUGGGUCUUCGGGCGUGGACACGUGAUUCUUUAUGGGUCUCCGCACAUGGAUACCUCAAACGAUUGUGAAUCUCCGCAUAUGGACACCUGAAAGAUUGCGGAUCUCCGAGCAUGGACACCUCAAAAGAUUAUGGGUCUCCGGGCAAGGACACCUAAAAGAAUUAUGGGUCUCCGAACAUGGGCACUUACGUAUAUUAUGGGUCUCCGCAUAUGGAGACCUGAAAAGAGUAUGGGUCUCCUAACAUGGACACUUGAGAAUAUAAUAUGGGUCUCAUGAGCACACUCCGAACACAGCCAAACACACCAGGCAGCCAUAACGUGUUACGAUUAUUGAAAGUGUAUGUUUAUAUUAAAUCCGUACAUUGUAUUUAUAGACUUAAUUCAUUUGAUUAUUUAUUUUGACAUAUUUCUUUCAAAUUGUUCAAAUAUUUAAUUUGAGUACUUUAGAAAUGUGCCAUGCACUUAUCGAAACGAUACUGGCGUUAACUCGAACGUCAUACAUGUACAUGCAAUUCGUGUAAGGGGGUGUAACAUUGUCAUCCUGGCAGUGGCUUUAUCAUCCCUGUAGUCUAAUGUCAGCUUCAUCUCGAACAGCCGACUCGACAGAUCUUAAAUGUUUCAGAAAUUAACUGAUUUAUCGAAUACAUUUUAUCUGUAUUUCGACACAAAAGGAGACCAAACUGUUGAUAAAGUCACAGGGUCAAUAUACCGAUACAACGAAGAUCAAGUUAAGACAUUUUCACUCCAUUUGCAAAAUACAGGUAUUGAUAGUGGAACCAAUCUAACAUUCUCUGCAAUUGCAGCUUCAGACCAAGUUUUAUGGCACUAAGAUUUGGCACACACACUUUCAUGGAUUUUACCAACAUGAAUGAGACUACUGAACCGUCUGAGAACAGACUUUCUACAGACAAAACACUUUUCACAGAAUGAGAAUCAACUACCCUUCCGUUCGGCAGCUGGAUCACGUGAUCAGCACGUGCCUCAUUUACAUAUUAUUUGAUAUAUUUCAGUAUAUAGUAAAUACAAACACAAAGUAUUAUAUUUUUAACUACGAAAUUAAAUCGAAGAGUAUAUGUUUACUUUGGUAUGACUUUGUUGUUGCGUCUGUGUUUAGUGUUGUGUGGAGGCAGUUGAAGCGUAUAUCUGUGUCACGGCAGACCGUUUCUCCACAGUUUAGUUUAUGAUUUAUAUAUGGCCUUAUUUAUUUGAAUAUUAGUAUGUGUAGAAGAAUCUGUUUGUGAAAUCAUUGUUGUCUUGUAUGUAUAAAGUACACAUAUGCUUUGAGUAAACAUGACUGAUGUCCAA